AUUGUUUACCUAGAAUAUGGUUCGAAAGGCGCUUUUGUCAGGAGACAAAGAAUCAUCGCUCUUCAGCUGCGCAGUUCGCAAUAUAAAUAUUCGCGACACCAAGCGUUCACAAGUUCUUCCUGUGUCGCACACGUUCCUGUCACAUGACACGCGAGGGCUAUAUACAAGCGUCUACAGAGAAUUGCACGUUGCACGUGACCUUGAAAUCUUGAAAAUAGAUCUAUCCCGCAACCUCUGACAAAGACAUCAGGAUUAUUCAGUAAUCAACGGAUCACCAUGGUAAUUUUACCCCUGAUACCAUUUUUCCUAGGUUAUGUCAGGCGGGAUCAAAGCAACACUAUACCCUCGUACUUAUUCCAAGUGCGAGUAGACACGUUAUUCACCAACAAAUCAGGAACAUACGAUGAUAAAGGCAACGCCGGCCUGGCGUUCAAUCUGAAAUGUCUGCCGCAUAAAGUAAAAAAUUUAAAAUGUCACAUCCCGAAGACCAUUUUUUAUUCACCGAGCACUGACCCCGUGCACAUGGUGGACAAUAAUGUUUUCACGCCAUCAUCCCUUCAAUUCAGCCGGAUACGUUUCCGAAUGAGCUUCGAUUCUAUCGGAGCAGCGAGUUAUCAGAUCUUGUCGGAUGAAAAAGUGAAAGACGAGGAGACUCUAUUAGAUGUAUAUCGGUUCAUCGGGGAUCAUCUGAGCGUUGGUGUUAACCUCGGGACAAAGAGUUUCGAAUUCAAGACGACGGAGUUAUCCAGUAUCGGCAAAUGCCCGACACUUUACAAAAUCAGUCGAGAUAAGGCCUUCAAUGCAAACAAUUUCCAGCUAACCUCCUUCAUUCCGAACGAGAAAUACAAAUUGGUCAAGGGCGAAUCGUUUCUUAUUAAUAAACAAAGACAAGUGCACGAGUGCCGCCCGCAGUACGGUUUUAUCCUCGGAAGGAGGUUAUGGACCGACUUCAUACCGACAUCGAAUGUCAUCGCGGAGCUGGAAGAAUCGCAGACUCUAAUAACGUUUAGUCUGCACGAUUUCUACACCAAGUCUAUAAAUAAAUUUGAACUCUUGAAUGGUCAAGGUCAUAUGAUCGGCUAUGUCCAGGAAACGAUUAAUGUUGGAUUGGUAUCGAUAGAGGACUGAAGAACGCGCCACGAGUGUCACAUCGAUUCGUUAAAUUAAACGCUGAGGAAUACGCUCAAUGACUUCAAUUUAGCAACGAGCAAAAUUACACGGAGGACAUAUUUUUAAUUUGUUUUUAAAAUAUUGAUAUGCGGCAUUAACUGCAAAAAGUGUUAUAAUUAUUAUAACUACGCAAACACGUAUAUGUAUAUAUAUAUAUAUCUUACUCUUUUAUGUCCUUCGGUGACUUAUUGCUGGUAUAACGAUAUAUAGCCUUUGUUAUGUUUCUAUCUUUUCUUUAAUAAAAUUUAUAAUGUUGCUCGAUAA